AUGUUGCGUCGUCACAAGAUUGCUACCAUACCUGGUGACGGUAUCGGGGUAGAUGUUGUGGAAGCCACAGUCCAGGUCCUUCAAGCCUUGGAGGAUGUGCACGGAACCUUUACUCUCGAUUUUGAAACUUUCGACUGGAGCUCCAAAAAUUAUCUCAAAUCUGGCACAUAUAUACCCGAGUCUGCUUGGCCCAAGCUGAAAGCCUGCGACGCGAUUCUUUUUGGCGCGGUAGGAUCACCAGAUGUUCCCGAUGAUGUUUCGCUGUGGAAACUCAUUCUGCCGCUUCGCAAAAGGUUGAAUCAGUACAUCAAUCUAAGGCCCAUUCGUGUGCUACCAGGGCUUUCCUCACCCUUGAAAAACUGUGCUCCUCAUCAGCUGGACUGGGUCAUAGUCCGCGAAAACAGCGAGGGCGAAUACGCCGGCCAAGGCGGCGUCAGCCACGAAGACACACCGGACACCAUUGCCAACGAAGUCGCAGUUUUUACCCGGACUGCGAUAGAGCGGACCAUGCGUUUCGCUUUUGAGGUGGCCGAUUCUCGACCCCAGAAGAAACUUAGCCUGGUUACGAAGAGCAACGCCCAACGAUUCGGGCUCGUUCUCUGGGACAAGAUAUUUUACGAGGUGGCCAGGGAUUAUCCGCAAGUGAAGACAGAUAAGAUGCUGGUCGAUGCAAUGACUGUCAGGAUGGUGCUAAAACCCGAAAGUUUGGACACUAUGGUGGCUACGAAUUUACAUGGAGAUAUCCUUUCGGAUCUGGCGGCGGCGCUGGCUGGCAGUAUCGGUGUCGCGCCAUCCAGCAAUCUUGAUCCUACAAGGAAAUUUCCCAGUAUGUUUGAGCCAAUCCACGGCAGCGCUCCCGAUAUCAGUGGGAUGGGCAUUGCUAAUCCACUGGCUACGUUUUGGAGCGCAUCUGAGAUGUUGCGGUGGCUCGGAGAGCAGUCCGCGGCGGACCACCUGAUGCGAGCGGUGGAAGAGACCACUCAAAGCGAUGUGAAAACGCGGGAUUUGGGGGGUUCAGCCACCACCAUCGAUGUCACCAAUAGGGUCAUUCAGGCUGUCCGGGAUUCCCGUCGCCAUUAG